UUCGGUUAAAAGUGUAAUCGAUCGGGCGCUGGCUACAAAAACAAUGUUUUUGGCUUGGUUUGACUGUUGUAUUAGAUACCCUGAAGCAAGAGAACUGACAUAUGCUGAACUACCAACAAAAUUUGUCUAUGACGCGAAAGUAAAAGCAUGGAAUCCACGGAAAAAAGGAUUUGCUAUAGGGAGGUUGGCGCCUGUAUCUCCUUCUUCCGGGGAACUAUACUUUUUGAGGGUUUUACUCAAUAAGGUAAGAGGGCCAAAGUGUUAUGCUGAUAUUAAGACUGUUGAUGGCAUUGUUCAACCCAGUUAUGAAGAUGCAUGUUAUGCCCGUGGAUUGUUGGACGAUGACAAAGAGUAUAUUGAAGGUCUUAAAGAGAUUAGUUUCUGGGCAUCAUCCAGUUAUGUUCGAAAUUUUUUCGUCAAAAUGUUAUUAUCUGGUAGUUUAUCAUCGCCAAGAUUGGUAUGGGAAGCAACGAAAGAUUUGUUAUCUGAAGAUGUUCUUUACAAUGAAAGAAAGCGAAGAAACUAUCCUGGUAUUGAUCAAUCCGUUUUAACACGUAUAAGACUACUGUAAUUGCAGCGUUCUUUAUAACAUUUGAGUGUUUAUGUAUGUUGUAGGGCUCAUUUUGAGUGAGGAAGAGAUCUUAAACUGUACGUUAGUUUUGAUCGAAAACAUACUACGUACCAAAAACAGUUCGCUGAAUAAUUGGGAUACAAUGCCAAAACCAGCCGAGAGCUCACAAUCAUUCACGGAAAAUCUUCUGAUACAAGAAGAGCUUAACUAUCCGAAAGCUGAAUUGCGUUCACAGCAUGAUGAAUGGAUUGUGAAAUUGACAGAUGAGCAAAGGACAAUCUAUGAUCAGAUAAUUGGUGCUGUGCUUAACAGACAAGGCGGUGUUUUUUUUGUCUACGGCUUUGGAGGGACAGGAAAAACUUUUUUGUGGAAUAUCUUAUCAGCUGCUAUUCGAUCACGAGGCAAAAUUGUUCUGAAUGUCGCAUCAAGUGCUAUAGCAUCACUAUUACUGCCUGGUGGAAGAACUGCGCAUUCAAGAUUUGGCAUACCGAUCAAUCCCGAUGAGUUCUCGACUUGCAAGAUACAACCAGGUAGUAAUCAGGCAGAACUGAUAGCUAGAGCAUCUCUGAUUAUAUGGGAUGAAGCACCUAUGAUGAGUAAGCAUUGCUUCGAAGCUCUUGAUAAAACAAUGGCUGAUAUUAUGAAGAGUCCGGAGGGAACACCAUUCGGUGGUAAAGUAGUGGUUUUCGGAGGCGAUUUUCGACAGAUUCUACCCGUAAUUCCGAGAGGAUCUAGACCCGACAUUGUUUUGGCUACUCUUAAUUCUUCCUAUUUAUGGAAGCAUUGUAAGGUAUUGGAACUAACCAAAAACAUGAGGUUAAUGGCUGAAACUGAUCUGCAGCAGGCUGAAGAGAUAAAGACCUUCUCGAAAUGGAUAUUGGAUUUAGGAAAUGGGAAGAUCAAUGAACCAAAUACUGGGGAAACAAUGAUAGAAAUUCCAAAAGAUUUGUUGAUAAAGGAAUGCAAAGAACCAAUUGCAGCUAUUGUUUCUGAAGUUUAUGGGAACACGUUCGAAGACUCGAAAGAUCCAGUUUUCUUCCAAGAGCGAGCUAUCUUAUGUCCCACCAACGCAGAUGUAGAAGUAAUUAACGACUAUAUGCUUGAUCGUUUAAAAGAUAUUUUCCCAUGUUAGUUUAAUGUUAUCUAAUUUGUCAUGUUAUUCAUAUUUUUCGUUUUUUCUUAGGUGAGGAAAGAAUUUACUUAAGCUCAGACAGCAUUGAUCCCUCCGAUUUGAAUUCGAAAGAUGAUUCUGUCUUC